AUGCACUUCACAAGCAUUCUAAUCAGCCUACUUUCUACCCUGCCUAGCACCCUAUCAGCGCCUGCAUCCUCUAUAGCUCACAAUGAUGGCCCACAAAUGUGCGGCUACGUCCUCACAGUCCGAAACAGCAGUGCCUACGCCGGCAUCUCAGCAUACACGUCUUGUACACCAAUAUACUACAACCAAUCCAUCCCCGGAUACCAAGCUGCGUUCGCUUACAGCAUAUUUGGUGGGUGCCGAUGCACAUUUCACGGGAGCGAACAGGAUUGUGUAGGUGGACAGAAUACGCCAAUAUACGAAGGGCCUAUUGGGAAAGUUGGCAAGGAACCCCAUUUCGGCGAGCCGAAGCCCAAGUGGUACAAUUGUGAGACGUUGGCCUUGUAG